UUUUUUUUUUUUGGUCACUUAAAAAAACUUAUGACGGCUCUUCGAUCAACUUAUCCUGUUCAAGGUAUAUUUUUCUUUGUGGCUCAUCCUCAGCUUUGGGGAAAAACAUUAUGUCCUUUUCUCUUGACUUUACUUUUUGGUAUAAUAUCUUUGGUCUUAUCGUUUGUGUUUCUUCUUCCAUUACAAGCUCAUGCUUUGAUUAAUGCUCAUUGUCCUGCCUGGCUUGCUUGGAUUGUAUCAGUGAUCUUUGUCCUUUUGGAGUCAGCUAUUAUUGAUGUGAUCUUCUUUGCUAUAUUGGUACCUAUUUAUCAAGAUGCUUUAUUUGAUGCUACCUUAAAAGCAAGAGGAUUAUCAAGAAUGUUUGAAACUCGCGUACCUGUGGAUGGUUUGACUUUAUGUUGUCGCGGUAUUGGUUCGGGAAUUGUAUUUGUUUGGUUUUUGGUCUUGGCACAAGUAUUUGUUUUGAUUCUUACAGCUCCUUUACAUUUGGUACCAGUGGCAGGAACAGUUUUAGCUUGUUAUAUUAAUGGAUGGCCUGCUUGUUGGGGUGCAUUGAUACAUUAUGAUCUAGAAUUCCGAGGGUUCAGUAUCUCAGAGUCCCGAAGAUAUGCAUGGCAACAUCGUGAAGAUUAUUGUCAAUUUGGAGUUGUUGCUGUAGCACUUGAAUUAAUUCCUUUAUUCAAUUUAAUCUUUAUGUGGACAAAUAUUGUUGGUGCUGCUCUAUGGAUGGCUGAUGAAUAUGAACAAAAUGAACGAGAUAUUGCUAAACAACAACAAUUAUUAUUAUCAUCCAACAAUCCUUAUCCAGCAUUAGCCCCUCCUUCACUUAUUGGUCAACAAUAUCCAUCCUAUUAUAAUCCAGGACUACAAGAUCAGGAACAACAACAACAACGACAACAAUGGUAUGGUGCAACAACUCAACAGUUUUAGUUUAAAAAAAAAGAUUAGAUAGAAUAAAUAGGGACAACAUUUAUUCAUUUUUCUUCUCUCUUUUUUUUUUUUUU